GUUCAAGCCGCGGAAACGAAAACAGGUGGUUCAAGUUCAAGGGAUUCGUCUCCUAUGUAUGGUUAUUCGCCUCUGAAGGUAUAUUAUCAAUAGGAUAUCUAAGGUUAAACAGCUAUUUAAGAAUUAUUUCUCACUGCAAGGAUCCUGUCAGGAGGAUCAGAUAAGAAGAUUAUGGGCAAUGCUACUGAGGAAACCCAGGUAAAUCCUCGAGAGUGUAGGAUUUGUAUCGAAGAUUAUGAUCCUGUUACCAGAAGACCAAGAUUUUUACCCUGUGGCCAUACCUUCUGCACGGAAUGUAUUUACGACAUGCUUGAAGAUUUUGUCCUCACUUGCCCAAAUUGCCGAGCUGAACACAAAGCUUUGAAUGUGAAUGAUUUCCCUGUUGCAUCAAUAGUAGAGGACUUUAUGAUGUAUUGUUUGUUUUUAGAAAAGGGAGAAAUACCAAAAUUUGAGCCAGAGGAAAGUACAGACAGCUUAGACAAUGGAGACUCUGAGAAUGGAAGCUUAUGUAGAAUGAUGGACACCUUGAGAGAUGAAGAGCUAGCCUCUAGCAGGACCCUAAUCUCAAGCAGCAAUUUAAUGCUGUCAGAGCUCAACAGGUACAAAGGCUAUAUUCGAAUAUUUAUGAAACACCAUCAGAUCUACCGGGAGAACUUCCAAAAGGUGAUUGACCUACAUAAUGCAGCAAUAGGACUGCUUGAGGAUGAAAUUAUGAUGGUAGAUGCCUUAAAAGAUAAAGGAGCUAAGGAAAAAGAGGUCCUUCUUUCUGCUGUAAAUUCACUUUUGUCAGCCAGAACUUCAGAGGAAGUGGAGACUGCCAUUGUUAAGGUGGAUGACCAUCAGCAUUCCAUGGAAAAAUGGUUCCAAGAAAGCAGCAUCGUCCCAGACCAUGAUGCAAUCUGUUUAUCUGUAAAGUUGCGGAAUGCCAGCUCAGAGAUCCUCGAGACACUAUGUAGCUGGUUGGACGGGAAUCUCCUGGAUAAGACCACCAUUGCUGACUAUGCCAAGAGCACAUCAAAUUCAGUGCUCAGACAAAAGCUCCUGCAGCCUGAGUGCCUUUACGACUUAACCACUGGACUGAUCAAGAAACUCAAUCACUACCUUAGAAAAUAUCAGUCAGUAAUACCUGCCAACUCCAUAACUGCCUAUGUGGAGGCAGGGCACAGUGUGUGUGCCGUGAAGAUGCAAGACUGUGGUUUCCGUUUCGGAAGGUUUAGCGAGAGUUCCGGCAACACUUUUCUGCACUGUCUGGGAAAACAGCCUCCGAACAGCGGCCUUUAUACGAUUCCGUUUGGCAAAGUGGCAGUGAAAGAGUUUCAUAAGGCAUGGAAAGUCUUCUUCGACAUCUCCUGGCUGGACUUGCCUCAUCGCCGCGUGAUCAUAGAUGUCGUGGCAAACAUACCAAUGGACUGUGCCCGGGUAUUGUUCAUGCUGUGUACGGGUGAGAGAGGGCAGACCUACAUCAACAACGGCGUCGAGAUGAGCUGUGACGAAGAGUCGGACCAACUGAUCAUCCUCGGGAGAGACAGCAGUGACUCCGACGCGUCCGUAAACUUUCCUAACCAGCGCUUGGUGCAAGACGCAGCUGGGUUGGUGUGCCUUGGAGUUGACGGCCGGAUCGGCAUCACGAUUGAUCCCGGGACCGAUUUCUAUACGCCGAUGGGAAAGGUGUUCAGCGGGAUGGACGUGUUGCAAGAAGUGGCGGAUUUGCAGGACACCUCCAGUGUGAAAGUGGUAGACUGUGGAAUUGUCUUGCCACGUUGAAAGGGCUAGGACACUGAGUGUGUAAUAUCAUUGUUUUUUUUCUUAUUAUUGCGAUGUUGUUUUUGUUAAUAUUAUUGUUUAUUAUUAAUAUUAUUAUUAUUAUUAUUAUUGUUAUUAUUUACUCAUUAUUGUUACUAUCAAAGUUAUUAUUUUCUCAUUAUUGUUAUUAUUAUUGGUUUUAUUAUUAUAAUUACUAUUUUGCUAUUGUUGCUGAUGCCAUUGCCAUUGUCAUAAUAAUUAUGAUUUGUAAUAGAACUUUAGUAGUAGUAGUAGUAGUAGUAGUAGUAGCAAUGGCCUUAGUUAUGAAGUUAUUUGGAUAUCAGAAAAAAUGUAAUGUUAUUACUAUGAUUACGUCUUAUUAUUUUUCCAUUCGUGAUUGUAGUGAUACUGCAAUGUUAAUAAUAUAUGCUGUUAAUGAUUUUUUUUAUAUUACAUGUUUGCAAUCAUCGCGGCAUUGCUCAUAGUGUAUUAGUCACAUAGAGAAAAAAUAGUAAAUUUUACACUUUUUACUCGAUUUAAUGUUUAUAUAAAUCUUUAUACCUUGUGCCAUAUUGAAGCAGAUUAUGCCAUGUCAUUUGCUGUUGAGUAAAAUAAGUGGCUUUCA